AGUUCGUUUAGUUUUGGUUCAGUUGUUGUCUUGAACACAUUUUAAUAUUCUGUUAUACCAUCCGCUCAUCGCCGCGAUACUCUGUUCAGAAUUCUAACUUUAUUGACGCAAUCAUACAAGUAUAUUAUAUACUCAUGCUCCAAUCUGGAAAAAGAAAAGUGAUUUAGUUUUUUUAUGUAUUAUAAAGGUAUACUGCUGCAGAGUUUACUUUAUUUUCAUUCUUGUUCAUAAAAUCAUCAUGUUUCGUAAAUUAAAUUUGCUUCUAUUAUUUUAUUUUUUGCAAGCUGUAUAUUCAGCACGCAUUCUUGGACUUUUUACAAAUUCAAUUCUUAGUCAUCAAUUAUCAUAUGACCCUCUUAUGAUAGCACUCGCGAAGAGGGGACAUAAUGUUACCGUUGCUACAUUUUUCCCGUUACAGAAUAAGCUUACUAAUUAUCAUGAAGUUAAUCUACAAAAUCUUUCAAAUUUACGUGUAGAAGUUUUUGAUAUCAGAAGAUAUGAACAGCCAGUUGGAAUAAUGAGAGUACCAUUUGUGAGUAGCGUGCUCGACCAAGUGAAUCAAUUUGAAAAUAUGGCAGGAAUUGUACUUGAUAUCUGCGAAAAGCUUUUGAGAUAUACACCAUUUACGGCUCUUAUUAAAAACGAAUACGAUGUUGUGAUAACGGGGCAUUUCAUUGGUAAUUGUGUGCUGAAAUUAUUGGAGGUUCAUAAUGUAACAGCUCCUGUUAUUGGAAUUUGUGCAAGUACCAUAUUACCCUGGACAAAUGAGAUAAUGGGUGCGGAGAGUAAUCCUUCAUUUGUUCCCGUUAAGGUUUCUUCAUUUACGAGUAAAAUGACGUUUAUACAACGCUUGGAGAAUACAAUUGUAUACAUUUUAAUGACCACAAUGCAGCAGAGAUUGAUAGAGCAGGAGAAAACUAUGAUUGAAAAAUACUACAGUAGAAAAACAAAAGAACGGAAUAACUUUAAUCUAAUACUUCUGAAUUCCCAUCAUGUUCUUAAUGGGAUUAGGCCUCUCGUUCCUGGUUUAAUUGAAAUAGGAGGAAUACAUGUUGAUUCUACUGUCAACACACUCCCAAAACAUAUCGAAAAAUUUAUAAAUGAAUCAGUUAAUGGCGUUAUUGUGUUCAGUCUAGGAGCACAAACAAAAUCGACAUCACUGUCUAAGAAGAAACAAAAUAUUCUUAUUAAUGUUUUUUCCAAACUGAAACAAAGAAUCAUCUGGAAGUAUGCAGAAAGUGCAGAAGAAGGAACAAUAAUUGGAAAUAAUAUCCUCAGAGUCAAAUGGAUACCACAAAAAGAUGUGUUACGUCACGACAAAGUAAACGCGUUUAUAUGUCACGGUGGAAAUUUGGGUAUGAUAGAAUCUAUUUUUGCUGGCAAGCCAAUGGUCGUUAUACCGAUUUUUGCAGAUCAAAGACUGAAUGCAGUUGCAGCAAAAGAGGCAGGUGUUGCUGAAGUUUUGUCCUUACCUGACUUUGAUGAAGAAGAUUUAGAAAAAGCUAUAGAGAAUGUACUUAGCCAGGGGAUGCAAGAAAAGGCCAAGGAGGUGUCACAAAUUUGGCAUGAUCGGGAAAACACUCCUUUACACACAGCUGUUUAUUGGACAGAAAGAGUUAUUAGAUGGGGACAUAAAUCACCCUUACAUUCACCAUCCAGAGACAUGCCCUUGUAUCAAUAUCUUCUGUUAGAUGUCUUAGUAUUUAUCGUUUUGUUUGUGUCAACAAUUAUAUUUUGUCUUGUAUUUAUGUCAAAUUGGAUUAUUUUGAAAAUGAAAAGGCUUAUUAAUAGCAAUAUAAAAACUAAAUUCCAGUAAUGUUUUAAAAAUGUUAUAAUUUAUAUCUUAUGAUAACUGAAUAGCAGACUAUAUUACUUUACUACUCGUAUUAUAUAUUUUUAGUUGUUUUAAUAAUCUGAGAGAUUUUACGUUGUAAACCCACUGUUUUGUGUUUAUGUAGAAUGCGGUUUCCAAAAAAUAUAUCCCCAACCAGA